GGGCGGGGCGCGCGCGCCCUGAUGGCGGCGGGGCGGCCCCUCACGGCGGGGCCGGGCGGCCAUGGAGCACAUCAGCACCCCGAAGGUGGAAAACGUGAAGUUGCUGGAUCGCUACGCCAGCAGGAAGGCAGCGAGCGGGACCCUGUACCUGACAGCCACACACCUGAUCUACGUGGAUGCCUCUGCUGAAGUCAGGAAGGAAACAUGGAUCCUGCACCACCACAUCUCCAGUGUGGAGAAGCUGCCCCUGACCACGGCUGGGUACCCCCUGCUCAUCCACUGCAAGAACUUCCACGUGGCUCACUUUGUGAUUGGGCAGGAGAGGGACUGCCACGACGUGUUCACCUCCCUGCUCAAGCUCUCCCAGCCAGUGAAACCUGAAGAACUUUAUGCUUUCUCUUACAAUCCUAAAAUGUCCAAAGAGAGCCGGGAGAUGGGAUGGAAACUGAUUGAUUUGAAGCUGGAUUACCAGCGCAUGGGAAUCCCCAACGACUCCUGGGAGAUAACAGAUAUUAAUAAGGACUAUGAGGUUUGCAGCACAUACCCUCCUGAGAUCGUGGUGCCUCGAGCUGCCACCAAGGCCGUGGUGAUGGGAAGUUCAAGGUUCAGGAGCCGAGGGCGGAUUCCGGUGCUUUCUUACUUACACAAGGAAAACAAUGCCGCCCUGUGCCGCUGCAGCCAGCCCCUGGCCGGGUUCAGCGCGCGCUGCCUGGAGGACGAGCAGAUGCUCCAGGCCAUCCGAGAGGCCAACCCCGGCUGCCCCUUCAUGUAUGUUGUAGACACGAGGCCAAAGUUGAAUGCCAUGGCAAACAGAGCUGCUGGGAAGGGCUAUGAGAAUGAAGAUAAUUAUGAAAACAUUCGUUUUAAAUUCAUUGGCAUUGAGAACAUCCAUGUGAUGAGGAGCAGCCUGCAGAAGCUGCUGGAAGUGUGUGAGAUGAAGUCCCCCUCCAUGAGUGAUUUCCUGACGGGGCUGGAGAACUCGGGCUGGUUACGGCACAUCAAGGCUGUGAUGGAUGCAGGUGUCUUCCUGGCCAAGGCUGUGAGGGAGGAGAGGGCCAGCGUGCUGGUGCACUGCUCCGACGGCUGGGACCGCACGGCUCAGGUCUGCUCCCUGGCCAGCCUCCUCCUGGACCCCUUCUACAGGACCUUCAAAGGCUUCAUGGUCCUGAUAGAAAAGGAGUGGAUUGCAAUGGGCCACAAGUUCUCACACAGGUGUGGCCACCUGGAUGGGGACCCCAAAGAGGUGUCCCCGGUGUUCACACAGUUUGUGGAGUGUGUGUGGCAGCUGAUGCAGCAGUUCCCCUGCUCCUUCGAGUUCAGCGAGCGCUUCCUGCUGGAGAUCCACGACCAUGUUUAUUCCUGCCAGUUUGGCAACUUCCUGGGCACCUGCCACAAGGAGAGGGAGGAGCUCAGAAUCUUUGAGAAGACCCAUUCCCUGUGGCCUUUCCUCUUACAGAGGAAGCAGGAGUUGAGAAAUCCUUUGUACAGAGGAUUUACAGCUUACAAAGAGCUCCAACCAAACACUCUACCUUUCAGUUUCCAGUUCUGGUGUGGCAUGUACAACCGCUUUGACAAGGGCAUGCACCCCAAGCAGUGUGUGCUGGACCAGCUGCUGAGCUGCCUGGGCCACAAGGUGACACUGGAGGACAACGCAGCCGAGCUGGAAAACAAACUCCCUAUCCUCGACGGCCCCUUGCCCAGCAAAGGCUGCACCUCACCCAAGGCAGGAGCUGCUGCUGCCAAAGCCCCAACUCCUCCUCAGGACUGUGCAGGGGGAGCAGCCCCUGUGCUGAGCAAUGGCCCCUCCCUGGGGCACCAGAAGCACAAGGAGAGCCCAGCCCAGCCCCGGGAUCUCAGAGCCUCCAGGGAGGAUGGGCAGGCUCAGCACCAGGAAUGAGCUCUGGGAGCUGCUGGGAGAAGCUCUGGGGAGCUGCUGCAGCCCCCAUUUGCAGCUGAGUGUGAGUAGGGGUGUGCAGGGCUGGGGGAGCAGCUGCUGGGGGACACCUCCUGCAGCUCAGGUGAUGCAGAGCUGCCAGGAGCCUGCCUGGCAUUCCUGGGAACUUGGCUUUCAGUGGCAACACGUGCAUUUCUGAGGGUUAGGGCUGCCUGCCAGCUCUGCUGUUUGAGGCUGGAAGAAAUCUUGCCAAUUCCAUUGGAGGAGCUGGGCAGUAACUGCAGGAGGAAGAAUGCAAAUCCCUCUGUUCUCUGUGGUGGUCCAAGGUCAUCUUAAAACCAGAAAAAAAUUCAGUCCGUCUUCAAAUGAUAAAAACCCCCCAACCUUUCUUAGCUGUGAAUGAAUCUCUGCAUGGACCCUUGCCUUGUAGCAGAACUGAUUCAUGUUUUGUUUCCUAUGCAUAUUUGUUACACAAAACCAAGCCCCCUGUGCCUUCUCUGAGACUGUGUCCAUGUCCAGCCAGGCCACUGCAGGUUUUGUGCUGGAGUUUGCAGUGUGCUGUUGGUCCUGUCUGUAGUCAGUGUUUGUGAGGAGGUUUUCUUCUGCUGCAGCUUCUCCACGGUUUUUGCUGUUCCCCUGAGUUCAGCAGCUUCUUUCCAAGCUGGCCUCUUGAAGAACCAGCUUUUGUGGGCCUCCUUUAUUGAUGGAAGUGCAGAACCAGCCCAUAACACAUGGAUUUGUCAUAAGAGGGAGGACUGGAAAUGAGGAAAGACAGCAGAACAUUUAUGUGGAAUUUUUCUUAUUUUAUGAUCUUGGUUAAACUGAAGCAAGAGAAGUAACUCUGUUCCAAGCUGGAAUCAUUGAUGAGACAGCAAUUACA